CGUCAUCUGAUUGCGGAACAGGGUGAAUAUUUGUGCCGUGGUGAGUUGCAGAGGCUGAAGAUGAGCAGCGCAGAGUUUCAGCUGCACUUUCAGGAGUUUGACGGUGGUGUGGGUGAAGCAGACAGGAGCGAUGGAGCCACUGCGGUCAGUAUGGAUGACGAGCUCUUCAGUAAAUCUCCCUCACAGUGGCGAGCGGCAGCGUCUGAGGACGAGCUGCCGGAUGGUGAUGACCAAACCGAGCUUCUUGGCAGUGAAAGGAAAAGUGCUGCUUUCUGGACGCUGGAGUUUUAUCAGGCAUUUUUCAACGUGGACACUUAUCAGGUGAUGGACAGAAUAAUCAGCUCUGUGCUGCCGUGGCGCGGAAAAAACUUUGUUCGUCGUCACAUCAAGAACAACCCUGACCUCUACGGACCGUUUUGGAUCUGCGCUACGCUGGUCUUUGCCAUCGGUGUGAGCGGGAACAUGUCCAGUUUCCUUGUCCAUCGUGGACAGCCACGCUACAACUACGUCCCUGAGUUCAGGAAAGUAACGAUGGCGGCGAUGGCGAUCUACAGCUACGCCUGGCUCGUUCCUCUCGCGCUGUGGGGAUUUCUCACAUGGAGGAACAGGAAGCUCUCCAGAACGCUGUCCUACUCCUUCCUGGAGAUCGUGUGUGUUUACGGCUACUCGCUCUCCGUCUACAUCCCUGCCGUGGUGCUGUGGGUGUUCCCCAGUGAGGUUCUCCGCUGGAGCUCCAUCGUGGUGGCUCUGUGUCUGUCUGGCUCGGUUCUGGUGCUGACGUUCUGGCCGGUGAUGAAGGCUGACAAGCCGCGGGUCGUCCUCGCCGUUCUCUCUGCUGUCAUGACGCUGCACAUUUUACUUGCCGUUGGCUGUAAGGUGUGUUUUUUCAGCACUUAUGAAACUGAAACUGAUGAAAAACCUGCUGCAGAAAUGAACAUCAUCCAAACAUCAACAACCAUAAAGACACACUGAUGUCCUACAGUCAAGUUUCAGGUUUUCGUGUCGCCUCAUUCUCCAGACUCGGGUUUCACACAGACAAGGACAUGGGUCAUCGGAACAACAUGAGAGCAGGAGUGUGUGUGUGUGUGUGUGUGUGUGUGUGUCUCUGUGCUGUCAAUGUCCAAUACAUCACUAAUCUGACUUUAAAUAAACUCUGUGGUGUUUAUAGAUUUGGGUGAGAGAUUUAUAUAAAGAGCAAAAUAUUAAGGUUUAUGUAAGAGUGUGUGUGUGUGUGUGUGUGUGUUACAAUUAUGUCUUCCAAAAGAGGUUACUGCUGUGUUUUGGUCAUUUUGGGAUUUCUUAAUAAUAAUAAUAAAAGCAGGAGGCUGUAUGUUACAUGUUGCUGAGUCUGAAAGCCAGACUUCUUCUGACCUUUUCAAUGUUUAAUGACUUUCUUCCUCGUUACACUUCCUUUCAGGACGCUUUAACACCGAGUCAGAAAUGUUGGUGCUAACAGGACACGCCUUCUUUAAAUAUAACUGUUUCUCUGUAAACAUCUGAAUGAAUGUUUUUACAAAUUUGUCCUUUCUUUUGUAAUAAAAUUUUUCAGGUUAAAA